AUGUCCAAAUAUAAGCCAUGGCAGGUUGGUUGCUGUCUCUGUAUCGGUUUAUUUGGUGCUAUAAUAUCCAUCUGUCUCUGCAUACUAGCCUUCGGCGUAUUUAUCCACCAAGGAUGCCCCGAGGACACGUACAAGCACGCGGCGGUUUCUGCGGACUCUAAACUUUGCUCGGACAUUGGCAGAGAUAUACUGCAACAAGGAGGAUCGGCAGUAGAUGGCGCCAUUGCAGCUCUGUUGUGCACCUCACUGGUCAACCCUCAGAGCAUGGGCCUGGGAGGAGGGUCCAUAUUCACUGUUAGGGACGAAACUGGCACGGUGAAAACCUUCAGUUCGAGAGAGACUGUUCCACAGUCAUUCAAAGCUGAUCUGCUGAAGGGCUGUCCCACAUCUGUCACAUUUAUCACAGGUAGUCAGUGGAUUGGCGUUCCUGGAGAGUUGCGUGGGUAUGAGGUGGUUCACAGAAUGUAUGGGAAGCUGCCCUGGGCCAAGCUGUUUGAGCCCACCAUUAGACUGGCCAGAGAAGGAUUUCCUCUGCCACCCUUCCUGGGAUACCUCCUUAACAUCACACUCAUAGGAAACCUGGUGAAAGCAACAUCACUCUGUGAGGUGUUCUGCCACAAGAACAAGACGGUGCUGGGCAUAGGAGACACAUUGAAGUUCCCUAAACUGGCGGAAACCAUGGAAACCAUUGCAGAACAAGGUGUAGAUGCCUUUUACACUGGCCAAAUUGGACUUGACUUGAUUCAAGACGUAAAAGCAGCAGGUGGGACCCUUACCAUGGAGGAUCUGAAGUCAUUCAGAGUCAGAGUGGAGGAUGCCUGGACUGUUCCUCUUGGAGAUUACCAGAUGCACAUCCCUCCACCUCCUGCAGGGGGAGUCAUGCUCGCCUUCAUCCUCAACCUUGUUAAAGGGUUCCAUUUCACCCCCAGGUCCAUGGAGGAGGACCAGAAGGUCCUGACCUAUCACUGCUACAUAGAGGCAGCUAAAUUUGCUAACGGACAGAGGAGGAGCGGUCACGAUCCUGUUUUCAACACUAAAAAAGAUGCAUCGUAUAUGGUGGACUCUGACUUUGCUGAUCGGAUCAGGCAAUUGAUCAGUGAAGACCGUACCUAUAAUGACUCCUACUACAACAUAACACCUUCCCCUGACCGCUUUGGGACCACACACGUGUCAGUCCUGGCUGAAGAUGGAUCUGCAGUCUCUGUCACAAGUACCAUCAACCAAAUUUUUGGUGCAGGGAUUUACUCCAGUAGAACAGGCAUCAUCCUCAACAACGAGCUGGCUGACUUCUGUUUUAGAGCAGAGAGAUUGAGUGCAGGUGAACAGCCUCCCUCUUCAAUGGCUCCAGCUAUACUGAGCUCCAGCUCUGGGAAAAAGACCCUUGUAAUUGGGGGAUCAGGGGGUAGCAUGAUCACGACCGCCAUGGCCCUGUCCAUAAUGAACCACCUUUGGUUGGGGAUGAGUUUGAAAGAUGCCAUUGCUGCUCCUAUAGUGUUCGUCGAUGGCAACAACAAUGUGAAGUUUGAGCAUGGCUUUGAUAAGUCUGUGAUAGAGGCCCUGAAGGUCAUUGGACACAGAGUGACAGACUACCCAUACUUCUUCAACGUGGUCAAUGCUGUGGCCAAGGAGGACGGAUGCAUCGCAGCCGUGUCAGAUGCCAGGAAGCAGGGCAAAUCUGCUGGCUACUGACCAAUGGGACACCAGGACACUAAGAGUAUACCAAGACCAGGUGUGUCCUUACUAAGGUGUACAGCCAAUUAGUUGGCUUUAGAACACUGUACAGUAGGUCCAAGAGGACAGUAAUUUUAGUGAGAUUUCUUUUUUGUAAUUCUAUUAUCUUCAUAUAUGAACAUUUUAUCUAAACCAACAGUCCAGAGCCUUAAGCAGAAUCAAAUGGCCCUCUUGACAAAAUACUUAGGCACUGAAAUGGAUGGAGUUUCUAAUUUUACCAAGUACAUAAAAUGACAUGCUUGUUCUUAAUGACUAACUGUACAGUACACAUAGAUUAUAGCACAAGGAGGUCCCGAAGGAACUCAAAUGGGAAGAGAAGGUCAGUACAGCCUGUCAGCCUGUACUAACAUGGGACUCAUACUGUGACCACAAGGACUUGUCAGAUUCAGGACAGGACAUGGUACAACAUGUUACAACUCAAUCCUCCAAGUUCAUUUAUUAGUCCCUCUCUGGAGUGUUGCAGCAAUACUCUGAGACUCACACUUUGAGAUAAAACAGGCUUUUUGCAGCCCCCUUCAGUGUCAGAAAGGAGUUCCACUGCCUAAAAAUACUAAAGCACCCGUUGCUGACUAACAGCUACCCAAUCAGUUUGCUGCCUGAUCUUAGUAAACUGGUGGAGAGAAUUGUGUUUCACCAAAUACAAUGCUAUUUUUCAGAGAACAAAUUAACUACUGACUUUCAGCAUGUAUAUAGAGAAAAGCA